ACCAUUCAUGGAUUAUGUUAUGUAUAAUGUUUGCUAAUCUCACUACUUUCCCAAAUUCAAGGUUACUUGCUACUACAAAGUUACAACACCUAUAUUUUUGGUGUUUUGAAAGAACAAUUUUUUUUAUCCUAUAGUACUAUUCAAUCUUAUUGUAGGACUUCGUAAAAACAGAGCUCUCACUCCUUAUUUUCUUCUAUUGGUUAACCGGUCACCGGUUAUUCCCUUUUGAACUCCAUUUCAGGUGUUAAAGGAGGUUGAUAAAAAUAGGAAAAAUGGCUGAAGUAACUGAGAAAAUAUAUUAUGAUCAAGAGGAACAAAAUCAGCAAGUAGAAGAGGAAAAUGAGAAUGCGUGUUCAGUGAGGCCAGAUUCGUCGUUCCUUAUUGAGUUAAACUUGGUUAUGAUCAUUGCUUCCCUUAGUUUAUCUGAACAAGAGGUAUCAGAAUAUGAGGACAUGAAUGAGAUUAGUGUUAAAGAGCAACAAGAUGUUAAGGCCCUUGUAUCAAAGUUGCGUGCUCGUAAACGUGGGUUCGAUGAGCUUAAGAUUGCUGAUCGACAGGCAUCGCGAUCAAAAUUGCAAACCAAGGUUCUAGAUUCCAGGCAUGGCCGAAAAAUGUGAAGAGCUUCGCGUAGUAAUCUUAACUGUCGUGAUGGUGUAAAAUUUUAAGCGUAUUCCGUACUAGUCUGGUAGUCUGAGUAUAAUGGCUGUAUAGUAUGAGUUAGUGUUCACUUUGAAAGAUUUUGGCUUGAUUAUCUUCUGUAAUCUUAAGUGUAGCAGCUCAGGGAUAGAAAGAGGAUGAUAUCCUAAUUCCUAAAUAUACAGAGAUCCAUGAGACUUAUCUAAUUAUCUCCCAGGUCUUAUUUGUAAAUCUUUAUGUAAAUAAUACACAUGAAGUAUUAAAGUAACAGUUACUAGACUUACUGCAGCAAA